AUGUUCAAGAAACGAUCCAGACCUACAUCCGUACGUGACAAACCCGCCGCUGAGCAGAAUCAAGAUGAGAAAAUAGAUACACCUACGUCUGAAACUCCUGAACCUUUGGAAGAUGAUGAUACAGGUCGAACUAUCGAAGAUCUAGUGCUACUUCGUAAACUUCGUAAAUCCCAGGCUCAGCAGGGUAUAGAUCUCGAAAAGUUGAAUAGGGGUGAACAAGAGAAGAAGAGCGGGAAGGGUAAGAAGAAAGAAAAAGAUUUGGAUGCCAGUGAGAAAUAUGGGCUGCAGGCUGGACCUGCUAGAGGGAAAGGAGGCGAGGAGAAAGAUGAUGAAUUGGAAGAUGACAAUGAACGAGCGAAGAGGUUGGUAAGGACGAAUAACUUCACUCAGCAGACGAAUGCUUUGGAUGUGGAUAAACAUAUGAUGGCAUACAUCGAAGCUGAACUAGCCAAAAAACGAGGUGAAACAUCAACCACCGACAAAGAUGGCAAUACCAAUGGCAAGCAAAAUGAGAAAUACGAUCCUCAAGCUGAAUUAUACAAGAUAGCAGAGAGGUACCAGGUGAUAGAAGGGAAAAAUAAAACGAAGAAAAUUGACGAUGAGGGGAAUGUAACGAAUUCGUUGGGAAUGUUAACUUCUAUACCAGAGGUUGAUCUAGGUAUGGAUAAUCGUCUGAAGAAUAUCGAGAUGACCGAGAAAGCAAAGAGGGAAAUGAUGGAAUCUCGUAAACAGGCUGCUCUGGAGGCUGCAGAGAAGGAGGAAGAAGAGGACGAUUAUGCUGCUGCGAGGUUCUACCGACCUCAUCAGAGAGUCGCUUCUGAUAUAUAUGCUAUACAGGAAGCUAAGAGGAUAGAAGCUGGUUUAGCACCACGGGCGGAGAAUGCGACCGAUGAGCAGGUCUACGAGAGGUUUAAGAAAAGGUAA